UUUAACUAGACGAAUCUCGAAAAUUUCUUUAUUCAUUGAAUUUAUUGUGAUUAUUGUUUUUGCUGAAGUAUUUUUUUGCAGAAAGUAAAUACGACUUGUAUAACGGUUGUACAUUCGUAUCAAACAAAUGCUCGAAAUGGAAGCAUUUCGAAAGCUUCAACCCGAAAGGAAAAACGACGCGGAUAGUUCUCAGGAACAAAUUGAAUUAAACUCUAGCGUUGAGAUGCAUUCGCCUUCUCCUGUUUGUCAUAUUCAACCUCGGAAACUACGUUUUGCAUCACCACAAAUCCAUGAGGAACCACAGAAACGGUCAAGCCCAGUACAGACGCGCUCUUCAGCAAUUGCAGCUGUUUCGCCUCCUUACCGCAAAGUAAGAGCAUUAAGACUUUUCGACACCCCCGCCACACCGAAAACCAUUCUGCAAAAAUCGAGAAACCAUCUGUCUGCAGCGGUUGCAGCAGACGUUGCGCGAAAGAGCGAAAUAGAGGAACGACCACGAUCGCUACCAUUGCAUAGUCGAGUUUUAGAUAAUUUUCAACAGACCGCAAAUGUGAAUCCUUUUACCCCAGAUAGUUUUUUGGCUCGAAAUAAGAAGCGAUGCCGAACUCAAUUUGGUAGAGACAAUUUAAGCAAUCAAUCACUACAGAUAUUUUUAAACACAGAGGCAGAAAAUAUAGAAGGUGGCGAAGAAGAUGGCAAUGUGGAAGUACUACAAGCUCCAAAAAGACUAGCUUUGCAAGACACAAACAUUAGCCGUUAUCAAAAAGAGUUCUUAGAAAUAUCUCUGAUUGGGAUUGGAGAGUUCGGAUUAGUUUAUCAGUGUCUUAAUCGUUUGGACGGUUGUAUAUAUGCCAUUAAGAAAAGCAUAAAGCCGGUGGCAGGCAGUUUUUUCGAAAAGCGGGCUCUGAACGAAGUGUGGGCACAUGCGGUAUUAGGUAAACAUGACAACGUUGUCCGCUAUUACUCUGCGUGGGCGGAAGAUAAUCAUAUGCUUAUACAGAAUGAAUAUUGCAACGGCGGCAGUUUACAAUCUCUUAUACAAAAACGUUUUCUCGUUGAAUCUGAAUUGAAAAUUUUAUUACUUCAUGUGGCAGAAGGAUUACGAUAUAUACACUCAAAUGAUUUGGUGCAUAUGGACUUGAAAUCAGGCAAUAUUUUUCUAACGAAAAUGCCGUCGCUACAUAAGUCCAGUUCAACACCGCUGACAAAAGAAUACUAUGAAGAUGGCAUGGAUGGUAUAUAUGAAGAACUUAGUAACACAGAGUGUAUUACAACAUAUAAAAUUGGUGAUCUUGGACAUGUGACAUCGGUAAAAGAACCACACGUUGAAGAAGGCGAUUGUCGUUAUUUACCAUUUGAAAUACUACAGGAAGAUUUUAGUAACCUGUUUAAAGCAGAUAUAUUUUCACUUGGUAUGACACUGUUUGAAGCAGCCGGUGGGGGACCACUGCCGAAAAAUGGACCUGAAUGGCAGAACUUGCGUAACGGAGAAGUUCCAAAUAUAUCAACAUUAAGUCCAGAAUUUAAUGAACUCAUCAAACUUAUGACACAUCCCGAUCCGGAAAAGCGCCCUUCAUCAACAUCCAUAUUUAAUCAUCCUAUAUUGAGCUCAUUGGAAUCAAAGACGAAAUCGCAACUUAACCAAGAGUUGACUAUUGAAAAACGAAAGAAUGAAAUUUUACUACGCAAGUUACGCGAAGCUAGAAAACUACUCAAGCAGUAUGAACAAAAUGGAGCAAAUCAAACGCCACCCGCUUCUUUGGAACAGCGUUGUUUGCGCUCAUAUUCGCGCAAAAAACGUACACCAUGCAUCAGUUCUAAAUUGGAUGGUCUGCGCGACCGCAACAAAAUGUUAUUAACAAGUUAAAUUAUUGAAUUGAGUAACUGAGUACUGUCAAUAGUAUUAAUUGCAGAAGUUAUACAAACGAAUUUUACCCAUUGUCCUUAUUUUAUUUUUUAACUAUAAACAGACUGUAAAUAAGAAAAUAUAUAAUAUAUAUGUAUGUACGCCAACUGUACGGAUAUAGCUUUA